UCCGAUCCUACAAUCGCAUUGUCAAUAAUCUCAAACCCAUAACAAAUCUCACUCUCAUCUCCUGACGCCAGCAAACCCUUCCUCCGAAUCCCCGCAGAGCCCCACAAACCAACAAACAAUGACCACCCAACCCAACCCCACCGCGGACUCCCUCCACUCCCGUCGCGAAGCCGACUUCGAACGCUUCAAAACCCUCACCGCAUACACAUUCCUCGUCGCUUCCCCGAUCCUAAUCGCCCUUCCACCCCGAAAACUCGACAACCUGACCGUCCUCCUCACCAGCGCAUUCUGCAUUUCCGCAAACCACGUCACCCGCGAAUACACGGGGCGAAGUAUCGUAGAUCGCAUCGAGGCGCGAAUCUCCAGGAACCCUAUCUCAGCUAUCUCGGAGUUACCCAGUCAGCGGGCGUUGGAGAUCCAGGCGAAGUUGCGGGCGGCGAGGGAGGCACAGAUCCAGACGGCGGUUGGGGAGGAAUUGGAGAAAUUGAAGGCGAGACAAGCGCAGGAGAAGCCGGCUCUGGAGAGGGUUUGGAUGGGUGGGGAGACGGAGGGGUGGAAGGAGAGGAGAUUGAGGAAGGAACAGGAGGCGUUGGAUGAGGGGAAGGGAUAUGGGGAUUUGAUUAAGGAGCAUAUUUGGGAUGUGUGGACUUGGGGACAGAAGGAGGGAGGAGAGGAAGAUGGAGAGGAGGAGAAGGGUGGGAAGAAUUGAGGGGGUUGGUGUUGAUGGGAUGGGUAUCUCUAGCAUGCAUUGAUGUAUAUCUAAAGGUGGCGUUGACGGUCUGGUUUGGGUUGGGUUUUGUACGGUUAAUUAUAUUCUAUGUAUAGUAUGUUUUGGGUUUGUUGUUAAAAGUAUUUAUGUCUCUGGCCUGGUAAUUCCAAUUAACAAGUUCUAUUGCAAGG